UUCGUUCAUUUGAUUGGUUGAAAAGAAUUGCUCCCUGUUAGCUCAUUGGACAUCGACACCCUGACGUAUAAGGAAGCGCACCGGAGAGAAACGUGAUACCGGAGACAAACCUUUAGUAUCCACUUGCACAAUGGCAGCUUCAAGGGCAAUGGGAUCUUUGCGUCUGCCUCCGCUGCCCUCGGUGGGUGAGCUGAUAAAACUGUACAACCUGCGAGCGGAGAAGCAGCUUUCCCAGAACUUUCUGCUGGACUUGAAGCUCACGGACAAGAUAGUUCGCCAGGCCGGCAGUUUAAGGGGUGCCCACGUCUGUGAGGUGGGUCCUGGUCCUGGUGGGCUCACCCGCUCCAUUCUCAAUGCGGAAGCGGCAGAUGUGCUCGUCGUGGAGAAGGAUUCACGCUUCAUCCCUGGACUGAAGCUGCUGUCUGAGGCGGCACCAGGCCGCCUAAGGAUUGUUCACGGAGACAUACUCAACUACAGGAUGGAUCGAGGAUUCCCUGCAGGUAUCUCGAAGCCUUGGGAGGAAGAGCCUCCGAACCUUCACAUCAUCGGGAACCUGCCGUUCAGUGUCUCAACGCCGCUCAUCAUCAAGUGGCUGGAAAACAUGGCGGACAGGACGGGUCCGUUCAGCUUUGGACGCACCCGACUCACCCUCACAUUCCAGAAAGAGGUGGCAGAGAGAUUGACAGCCAGCACCGGCAGCAAACAGAGAAGUCGUCUGUCCAUCAUGGCUCAGUAUCUCUGCACCGUCCACAAGUGCUUCGUCAUUCCUGGCCGAGCGUUUGUUCCUAAGCCAGAGGUGGACGUGGGAGUAGUUCACUUCACCCCUCUGGUCCAGCCGCAGAUUCAGCAGCCCUUCAAGCUGGUGGAGAAAGUCGUCAGGAACGUUUUCCAGUUCCGUCGGAAGCACUGCCACAAAGGAGUACAGAAGCUGUUUCCCGAGGCGUGCCGCUUGGAGCUGACGCAGGAGAUGAUGCGUAAGGCAGACGUGGACCCCGUCCUGCGCCCCACUGAGCUCACCAUACCCCAUAUACGGGCCUUAACGGAGGCCUACGCUCACCUCUGCACCAGUGACCCCAGCCUCUUUAGCUAUGACUUCAGAGAAGAGCUCAGGCUGAAGCACCUGGGGAGGAAUCGACACACUCCAGCGGACGCGUUUAAGGAGAUCGCAAGUGCUCCACCACCUUGCUGAAAACAAGCGUGGAAACCAAAAAGGAGCCCCCUAAUAGCCUCCGUUAGCACAGAGAGACAGCGCAUUGCUCUUAGCCUUGACAUUUCCACCUGGCAUAGACAUGCAUUUUUAAACAAUUCUCUCUGCAACUCAGGGAGAAAUAACACACGACUGGUGCACGAGCGCUGCUUUCCUCCCAUGCGUUUCUGGAAAGAGAAAGAAAGCAGCUGGUUACCCCACAGUAGCUCCUGGCGAGUAUCUCUUUAUGUCCCAUUUCUUUCUUCAUUUCUAUCCAACACCUUUUCCUGUGGGAGCUGAAAGAAAUGUCAGUGCUUUCAGGGUGAUUUAGAGAACGGGAACAUGGCAGCUCCACAUCCAGGACAGUUUUUUUUUUUUUUCCUUUUCCUUUUUACCUCUAAGUGUGUAUUGCUCCGUCACUUGGGAGACUGAGCUUAAAGGCCUGCAGAAAUCGCUGUGAAUUUGUCAGCUCAAAUAAGGAGAACGGACAAAAUAAGGAUCAGAAGCAAUGUUAAAAUGUGUUUUUGUUUAGAUUAUUUUAUUGCAUUUUUUUUUUGUCAGUUAAUAUUUUAUCAAAGAUUACGUAAGCUGCUGUUUGUGUCCCGAUUGUAAACGAGCCAACUACAUGUAAUGUUACCCACGAGUUUUGUGUAAUCAGGCAUACUUUGUAAGCAAAUUCUAAACGGUGAAUAAACAUGAACCUGCGGUUAUUAUUCAGAGA